UAAAUAGCAGUACUUAAUCCCUUUGUUCUAUUACUGGAUGAAAUAUGGAAUCCUAUCCGUUCUCCAUCAUGCAAACAGUUCUUUGCUUCCACCUUCAAUCGGUGUGUGGGAAUGCGUUAGGCGAGCCUACAAAGCUAAAACCUAUAAACGCAGGAAUUCUGUGGAGGGGAGCGCAUCCUUGCCUGCCAUGCAAGGUCUCCAAGUACGUGUGUCCAUUGGCACCAACCCUUGGCGCCCCAGAUUCAAACAGGUUAGCCAGGGAAGAACAAAUGCUACCAUCCCAAAGGAAACGAGCCCUUCUACAUGGAAGGACAAGGAAUUCCAGGUUCCGGUUACCCUCUACAAAGAGGAUGAGGAUACUGUCUACAAAGAGGAUGAUGAGGCUGGGCUUGUGCCUCCAACAGUAGUCACAGUGGAGCCACGAAAGAAGUCUAUUACUAUUAGGGAUGGCACAGAGCUGAGAGAAGAAAAGAAUGUGAAGGAUAUGUGGGGCAAGAAGGCGUCCAUGGGGGAACGCGGCAAUGUGGGGGAGCCACAAGCAGCUAAGGAUGGGGAGACAGAAAAGAAACCACCGAGGGGUCCGAGACCUAAACAGCCAAAUCCGUUUGUUGCUCCUGACAUAAAUGAAGCGUCGGACAAGUUCAUAGCGCAGAAGAAAGAGGACUGGAAGCGCUCAAAUGGAUAAAUGUAAUCAACAUGUGUGGUUACCAAAAAAUUCAACAUGUAUAUAUGCAUAUGUGCUUGUUUGGGGCUUGAAAUUACAAAUUAAGAACAAGACAUCAAAUAGUUUUGCUAUUAAGUCAUAAUUUAUAAUGGCCAACAAUGACCAUAAUAUUGCACAAA